UCCCCACACACAUUAAAAUGCAUGAAAGGCUUGUAGUACUGGACAGUGACCAUAUAGCAGGCCAGAGGGGGUAACUUCAAGAGAAGGGACUCUUUCUCAUACACAACAGAAAACAAAAUGUCUGGCAGAGCAGUAGAGGAGGAGGAGGAUGCUUCUGUGACUCACACAGGACCAAAGGGAGUAAUAAAUGACUGGCGGAAGUUUAAGUUGGAGAGCAUGGAUCAGGAGGCUUUGCCUCCUAACAAGAGGGAGCUGCUGAGACAGAUGUCAUCCCCACAGAAGCCAAAUGAGGGUUCCUUGGGUAGCCUCAACCGCAAGAUGAGUGUCCAGGAGUAUGAACUGCUCAAGGAGGAUGACGAGCAGUGCCUGCGCAAAUACCGCAAGCAGUGCAUGCAGGAAAUGCAUGAACGCCUGAGCUUUGGGCCCAAGUUUGAGGGAGUGUAUGACCUGGAGAAUGGUGAGGCCUUUCUUGAAGUGAUAGAGAAGGAGCAUAGACUCACCAUCGUGGUGGUGCACAUCUACAAGGAGAGUGUCAAGGGCUGUGACGCGCUCAACAGCUGCCUGGACUGCCUGGCUGCCGAAUACCCAACCGUCAAGUUUUGCCGCAUCAAUUCAGCCGUCACAGGCGCAGGGGAACAGUUCUCUGAUGACGUGCUACCGGCUGUGCUGGUGUACAAAGCCGGAGAGAUGCUGGGGAACUUCCUAGCUGUCACACAGCACUUCAACGAGGAGUUCUUUGCCACCGAUGUGGAGGCCUUCCUCAAUGACUACGGACUGCUCCCUGAGAAAGAGCUCAAAACAGGCGAUGAAGAAGCGGAUGUGGAGUGAAGGAGACUGGAGAGCAAUGGAAGGAAGAAGAUGCUCGGAAGUUUUACUAUAUCUCAGGUCAACAGGCUUCUAAGAAAAGCAGCACAACCAAUGCUGAUCUAGGGAGCAGUCUUUGUAGCCUGUGUGCACUGUGUUACCACUGUAAGAUACAUGGUAAUUCUUCUUUUUCACUAGACAGUAAAUUUGCCAGUGUUAAAUCAACAUCAUUGGUGUUAAAUUAACACUGUUUUCUCUGUAGGUCUACUUCAGGUUCAUGCAAAUAAUUCUGAAGGAAAAAUGUGAUUUAUUUUUAUUAUUUUUUUAGAGCUAAAUAAAUAACAUGUAUUCAUUAAACAUGUCAACAGUCACCUGAAAGACCAACUAGAGACCUUCAGUAGAAAAUUCUAAACUUUUUGAAAUACCUUAGAAAAUUUGUAUGAUGUAUCAGAGAGCAAACAUUAUAAAUACUUCAGUGAUAUCUUCAUAUCUAGUGCCAUGUGAUCUAUUUGUGUGUUCAUGAUAUUGAAUCAUGUGAUGUUUAUAAAUCUGUUGGUUUGCAUGGAAUGUAAAAGGUUAUAUGAAGAGUCAGAGAAGUCUAUUAAAGGCAUUUUAUUUUAGGUUUCCAUGGAUAAAGAAAAAUCAUGGCAUAAAAACAUAAUGCACAGACAAGGAUCCAAAUGAGCCCAAGUGAAUCUUCCACAAACCAUUUGACUUAAAAAUAAAGUAAAAUGUAGGUCUGACUGUAAAAAGAAA